CAUGCUGCUGCUAGGUCCACAGUGUGUCAUGGGUACCCUGUACGGCCUCCCAUUGCUGCUGUCUCCAUCGCCACACUCUGCCAUGUGCCACUUUCAGGUCUCCUCACACAUGCUGGUGGGUUCCAAUUUUGUCAUAGGUUGCUGGCAGAUUACGGGCCUCCCAUAGGUGCUGCCAGGCCCCAAAUCUGCCAUGGGCCCCCGUACCGCCUCCUCACGCUGCUGCUAGGUCCACAGUGUGUCAUGGUUCCCUGUACCGCCUCCCAUUGCUGCUGCCUUCUCCAUCGCCACACUCUGCCAUGUGCCACUUUCAGGUCUCCUCACACUCCUGCUGGGUUCCAUUUUGUCA